AUGAGCGAGUCAUUAAGUAAACUUGCGGAAAAUUUAUCUGAAGAUAAGUCGAGAUUUAGAGAAACUCUUAAAAUAUUUUCUGCGGAAGCACUAGAUUUAGUUACACGAAAAGGAGUCUUCCCUUAUGAAUAUGUCGAUAAUUGGAGUAAAUUAGAUGAUACUUUUCUACCAUCAAAGCUAGAAUUUUAUAACUCUUUAACAGACGAGAAAAUUAGUGAUGAAGAUUAUAUACAUGCUAAAAAUGUAUGGCAUACAUUUGAUAUAAAGACUUUAGGUGAAUAUAGCGAUCUUUAUUUAAAAACUGAUGUUAGCAUACUAGCCGAUGUGUUCGAAAAUUUUAGAGACUUAUGUUUAUCUACGCUCGAACUAGAUCCUGCUCAUUAUAUGACUGCUCCCGGGUUUGCUUUUGACUGUAUGCUGAAGUAUACCAAGGUCAAAUUAUCAAGGUUAAAGGAGUAUAACAUGUUGCUUUUCUUCGAAAAAUCAAUUAGAGGCGGGAUAUGCCAAUCAACCAAAAGAUAUGUUAAGGCAAACAUACCAAAUAUCGAAGGAUUGGACUAUAAUGCAAAUGAACCGAUCACAUGGAUUACAUAUCUCGAUUGUGUGAAUUUGUAUGGGAAGUCUAUGUUAACAGAAUUACCUUUUAAAGAUUUUGAAUGGGUUGACGAUCUCAACAUAGAUGUAACUAAAAUCGCUGAUGAUUCAGAAGUCGGAUAUAUAUUAGAAGUUGAUAUUGAGUAUCCUAAACAUCUACAUAAAUAUCAUAAUGAUUUCCCAUUUUUACCGUUUAACGAAUGUCCACCAAAUUCGAAAGUUGAGAAAUUGUUAACUACUUUAUCACCGAAAAAAAACUAUAUUGUACAUUACAAAAAUUUAAAACAAGCAAUUUCUCACGGUCUUAAAGUAGUAAAAAUUCAUCGAGCUAUCCGUUUUUCCCAAAGUAAAUGGAUGGCAUCAUACAUAAAAUUAUGUACAUCUAUGAGAGUACAAGCUAAAAACGAGUUUGAGAAGGAUUUCUGGAAGUUGCUAAUUAAUAGCGUUUUUGGUAAAUGUAUGGAGAAUGUUCGAGCAAGAACUUCUAUAAAACUGGUUUCUUCAGAACAAAAAGCAAGGAAAUUAAUGGCGAAAACUAGUUUUAAAGACAGAACUAUAUAUUCUAAGAAUCUCAUGGCCAUUCAUCAGCAUAAGGAAACAAUUAAAUUCGACAAGGCAAUUUAUGUAGGAUUUGCAAUUUUAGACGUUUCGAAAACAUUUAUGUAUGACUUCCAUUAUAAUGUAAUGAAGAAAAGUGCCCAUCACUACCCACGUGCCAACCCGGUAGAAAGGCAAAAUCAAGAGUUGAAGAAAGAGUUCCGAACCUUACUUGUUGAUAAGCCUCAUCAUCUGUGGGAUGUCUACCUGCCACACGUGUGGUUCUCCGUAAGAAACAGAGAAAACCGAAACACCGGACAGUCACCGACUAAAAUGAUGUUUGACCGGGAGAUCAAGGCCCCCCCAGAGAUUGGCAGCUCGAGCUGGCUGAAGGAUCUCCGGACGCGGUCAAAAAUGAUCCGGAGUUGUCCGGAGCAGUGCGGAAUCCUCCGGUAG